CCCGGGCCGUCGCCAUUGCCGAAGGCUCCCUCCCCUCCCCUCCCCGACGCCCGCAGGGCUCCGGCUGCAGCUUGGCCUAGCGGUGCAGCAGCGGCCGCGCUCCAGCGGGACUCGUCUUCCCGCCCCGCCGCCCCGUCCCUCCCCUCCCCGCCGCGCGCCUGGCCCGGGGCGGCUCCGCAGCCCGCCGGGAGCUCGGACGGAGGCGCCUCGCUUGGGGCGGGGACCUUUUCCUCGCCUGGGGCCAUUUCUUAACUCUGAACCAUGUCUGAUAACGGGGAACUGGAAGACAAGCCUCCAGCACCUCCAGUGCGAAUGAGCAGCACCAUUUUUAGCACUGGAGGCAAAGACCCUUUGUCAGCCAAUCACAGCUUGAAGCCUUUGCCCUCUGUUCCAGAAGAAAAAAAGCCGAGGAAUAAAAUCAUCUCCAUAUUCUCAGGCACAGAAAAAGGAAGUAAAAAGAAAGAAAAAGAACGUCCAGAAAUUUCUCCUCCCUCUGAUUUUGAGCACACCAUCCAUGUUGGCUUUGAUGCUGUUACUGGAGAAUUCACUGGCAUGCCGGAGCAGUGGGCACGGUUGUUGCAGACCUCCAAUAUCACCAAACUUGAGCAGAAGAAGAAUCCUCAGGCUGUACUGGAUGUCUUAAAGUUCUACGACUCCAACACAGUGAAGCAGAAAUACCUGAGCUUUACUCCUCCUGAGAAAGAUGGCUUCCCUUCUGGAACACCAGCACUGAAUACCAAGGGAUCAGAAACAUCAGCCGUGGUAACAGAGGAGGAUGACGAUGAUGAAGAGGCUGCUCCUCCUGUUAUUGCCCCACGGCCGGAUCAUACAAAAUCAAUUUACACUCGAUCUGUGAUUGAUCCUAUUCCUGUACCAGCUGGUGAUUCUCAUGUUGAUGGUGCUGCCAAGUCUACAGAUAAACAGAAAAAGAAGACCAAGAUGACAGAUGAAGAGAUUAUGGAGAAAUUACGAACUAUUGUGAGCAUAGGUGACCCUAAGAAAAAAUACACAAGAUAUGAAAAAAUUGGACAAGGGGCUUCGGGUACAGUUUUUACUGCUACUGAUGUGGCAUUGGGACAGGAGGUUGCUAUCAAACAAAUUAAUUUACAGAAACAGCCAAAGAAGGAAUUGAUUAUUAAUGAAAUUCUGGUGAUGAAGGAAUUAAAAAAUCCCAACAUAGUUAACUUCUUGGACAGUUACCUAGUGGGAGAUGAAUUAUUCGUGGUAAUGGAGUACCUUGCUGGCGGCUCACUCACUGAUGUUGUAACAGAAACCUGCAUGGAUGAGGCACAGAUCGCCGCCGUGUGCAGAGAGUGUUUACAGGCUUUAGAGUUUUUACAUGCUAAUCAAGUGAUCCACAGAGACAUCAAAAGUGACAACGUGCUUUUGGGGAUGGAAGGAUCAGUUAAACUUACCGACUUUGGUUUCUGUGCCCAGAUCACUCCUGAACAGAGCAAACGUAGUACCAUGGUUGGAACGCCUUACUGGAUGGCCCCCGAGGUGGUUACAAGGAAAGCGUAUGGCCCUAAAGUUGAUAUAUGGUCUCUCGGCAUCAUGGCUAUUGAGAUGGUGGAAGGAGAACCUCCAUACCUCAAUGAAAAUCCCUUAAGGGCUUUGUACCUGAUAGCAACUAAUGGAACCCCAGAACUUCAGAAUCCAGAAAAACUUUCCCCUAUAUUUAGGGAUUUUUUGAAUCGGUGUUUGGAAAUGGAUGUGGAAAAAAGGGGUUCAGCCAAAGAAUUAUUACAGCAUCCCUUCCUGAAACUGGCCAAGCCAUUAUCAAGUUUGACACCACUCAUCUUGGCAGCUAAAGAAGCAAUGAAGAGUAACCGUUAACAUCAUUGCCGUGGCCUCAUAUUCUUUUAUCCAUUUUCUAAAAAGAAGUCUUUUAAUAUAUGAAAGUUAACUGCUCUUUGUGGGCUUUAAAAAAUAUUCUGCGUGACAGAGGAAACAGCUCUUUCUUGAAGACAACCAAGACAAAAUUGCAAAAAGAAAAUCAUGACUUUGAGAUGAACCCCUUGUUUAGGGUCCAAAGGAAUUGUGGCCUGAGUAGCCUUACAUCUUUCAGCAGACAGCCACCAUGGCCAUUUUUCGUGCUUGAGAUUUCAUUGUAUUUGGCUAACUUUGUUAUUAUAGAUCCCGUUUGUUGUCCCCUUCAGGGUGUUUUCAAUACUUGAAGAGCGGAUUUGAGUUCUUGGGAGUUUUUCAUCUGCUGGUCUUUUCUUCUUCAGAGCUUUCCUUUCCUUGACUUGCUCCUUUUGAGUUGCUUUGAGAAAUUUUUCUCAUGCCUAGAUUCAAGGCAAGUAUGAUAGAAAUUAUGCAGUUCCUCGUAUUGGCAGAGGAGCUCAGUAUAAUUUAACUUUGUAUAGAAGUUAGGACCAGCAAUUGUUUAAUGUAAUAUUUCAGUUCAAAACUUGAACUGAAAGAAGGGAAGAAAAGUAUGUGAUUUUUACCUUUUUUAACAAAUGUGAAAGAGUCACUUUUAGGAAUCUCAUGGUAGUGAGUUUGGCAUUUUUACAUGUAUAGAAAAAAGACUAAUCUAUAUUUAUAACUAAAUCAUUGCAACAGAAAAAGAAUCCCAGCCUAUGCAUCUGUUCAAUUUUGUCUCCCUCUCUGCCUGUCUCCUCUUCAGAUUUGGCUUUAUGAACCAAAGUAAUUUGUUCUUGUUCCACCUUGAGUAGUACGACUUUGGUUAGUGCUGUUACCUUCUCCUUCCUUCUCUUUCUUUUCAUUUGGAAAUAAGUUUCUGUAUAUGUUGCAAUUUUAGCUUUAGCGGGGUUUUUUUGGUUCUUAUAAUUUUGCUUAUAAUUCUCUCACCUCACACAUUCUCUUCCCUACCACAUCUCACCCUGUGGCAAAUAACAUAAUAACCAUUGAAUUUUCAGAAUUUAAAAGUUAUUUUUUAUUUUUCACUUAAAAGGACAAAUACUUGGGGUUGGCAGAGACAGUAUGGGAGAUUGAACUCUAGUGAGUUCUAAAAUAAUUAGUCAAGGCUGUAUUCAUGACAGAGUUUUAUAGAGUUAGAACCACAGGACCGGUAAACUGUAAAGAUUUAUUGUAAGUUGCAUUGAUCCAACACAUUAACAGUAUUUUUCUGUCAAAGAAAACUUAGAUGAGAAAUUUGGAUCAUUGGAGAUGUUAAAGUACUUUUUAAAAAUUUUUUUUCAGGUAAGUAGGGAAUAUUCAAGUAAAAUGAAGAAAGGAAAAUGAAAUGUACUUACUGAUAACAAUCCUUUUUGAUCUUAAAGAUUAAGAAAGGUCUGUGACCUGUUAAUUAAGAGUCCUUGCCUGUUCUCCCUUCCCUUUUCCUUCCUCCCCUCUACUUCUCUACUUAUUUCUUUGUUGUUUUGCUUUUGGAGGAGGUAUUGUCCAUUCUGACAUAUCUGAACCAUAUACAGGAGAAAAAUCUUGCUGAGUUCUAACAUUCUGUUCUAGACAUGCCUUCCCAAUGAACUUCACAUCUGAUUGCCAUCUUGCAUUAGUACAAAUCAUUAAUGGAAAUAAAUGUUCUGUUAGGUAGUAUGUUGAAGAAACCAGCAGGAUUUUAUUUCCUGUUAUUCCCAUUGUAUCUGUGUUAGGAGGCAGAAGUUUUCAGAAAAUGAGUGAAAUUUACAUAAAGCACUUAGUGGUCUCUCUUUCCUGUAUGGUUCUUGAUUUCAUUUUUCUCUGGACUGUAUCGGCCUUCUAAAGCUCUUACUAAAAUUACAAAUAUGAGUGGUUUAUUUCUAGUGGAAAGCUUGGAGUGCCCCUUAAGGUCCAGUAUGAACGUUUUUUGUAAACAGUUGUCUGGAUGGAUUUUGAUGAAGAUGCUGCCAAUAAAAUAAACUGUGAUCAUGACCACUCAAGAAGGCACUGCCCAUCCCAAGUCAUGAACACCGUAUCCAUGGGAUAUGUGCCAAGGCCCCAGUUUAUGCUUGUGAUUCCUCGGGGGCUUUCCAGAUGGUGGAAGCUUCACAGCUUCUUUGAUGGUGACUUGCAUGUCCAUUGCUGGCAACGGACUUGGAAAUCUGACUCCUGGGUUACGGGAGCUACACUGUGGUUUAUUCUUUACUUACCUGGAUAAACUAACCUGUAAUAGAAUUAUACUUUGGUAAAUUCUGAAAUGUGUCAUUUUUAAACAGAAUAAUCUUAAAAGCAAUAUGAGUUGUGAUUUAUUAGUUAUUUUAAAUUAAAAUGUUCAGAUCUUCUUUGAAAAAAACUACUGUAUCUAAAUCAAGAUUUUUGUAUUUUUUAUUAAUUGCCUUAUGUAUUCUUCUUGUCACCACUUCAGUAUGAAAAUUCCGCAUUUAAAUCUAAAACUUAAACAUUAGCAGUCAUGUAUUGCUAGGGCAGUAUUACUGUGCUCCUUAUUUAUUAUAUUUUAGACUUAGAUGGUGUUAAAGUUAUCUUUUCUUCUUAUUCCUUUUGCUGCUUUAAGGGAUAGUUAAAAACUUGGAAACCAUGAAAAUAUUGAACAUGUUAUCCUACCUUCAGUAGUAAACACAUGGAGUGAUGGUAUAACAUGUGACCUCAAGGCUGGCAUAACUCUGCCUUCAUGUAUUGAGCCCCCUGAGUAACAUUACGCUGCUAAACAUUUACCCAGUAACUCCCAGGCUUAAACAAACCUGUGCCUUUAACCAGCCACUUAAACUACCUAUGAGUAUUUCUUUGUUUGGCUCCCUUAAAUACGUGUUUCUUUGUUUAUAUUAUAUUCUAACCAGAGCAAUUUUAGGCAGUAGCUGUAGUAUGAAAAAACAAGUGCUUAAAGAAUUUGCAUCAUUUUCAAAUCUAAAAUGCUUUUAGUAAACAGAUACAUAUCCAGUAAAAUGUCAAAUGUAAUAUUUAUAUAGGUUAAAUCCAAGUUAAUACUUGUUUUUUUAUUAUAAUAGAAUUUCACAGCAAUAUAAAAACAAGAUGGUCUUCCACUAUUUCCACAAUAGAUAUUUGAGCAGUUAAUAUCAGUUUUUAUGCAGUAUGUUAUAUGAAUAUGUGAAUUUUUAAAGCCCCACUUUUUAUCAGCACAUUUGUUGAAUACUCCUACAGAGAUGCUAGGGUAGGUAUUGGCAUUAAAGGAUCACAGUGCUCUGGCCU